AUGUACCGGGCUGGUUUCGGGCAGAGCUCGCCAUCCCUGCUCAACCUCGCGGACUGGCAGGAGAAGGAGAAGGUCAACCCCGUCAACUGUGCGGUAGACGAAAACGGAGCCCUUCUUGACAACCUGACGCUGGAGCUCAGAGUGACCCCCCCUGAGAUCUCAAUUGACAAUACUGUCAACAGCAAGUAUACAUUCGUAAAACUGAGCUCGGCCAACCGUCCCGGCAGCCUCAUCCAUGUCGUGCAACAUUUCACGGAGCUGGGACUGCAUAUCCACAGCAGCCGCGUCACCAGCUGCGGCGGGUGGUUUGUGGAUGAUUUCCUCCUCUCAGAGGGAGAUGGCAAGAAGAUUUUGAACCAGGCCAAGCUGCGCAGCAUCCAACAGAUGCUGAGCGCCUUCUACGCCGACGACAGCCCCUGCCUGAAUGGGGACGAGACCGACGACACCAGCCGCGUGGAGUCCACGGUGUUUGAGCUGGCCGGGCCCGACGGCGUGGGCCUGCUGGCAGAUGUCACGCGCCUGCUCACCCACAACGGGUGCAACGUGCGCAGCGCGGCGGUGUGGACCUACCGCGGCCGCGUGGCCUUCGUGCUGAGCGUGACGGAGAAGGGACGUCCCAUCGCCGACGAGUACAAGCUGGGGCGCCUGCGCCAGCUGGUCACCGCCAUCAUGGGCGGCGAGGCGGUGAGCACCAUCCGGCUGAAGAGUGUGCGUGGCGAGGUGCACCCGGACCGCCGCCUGCACCAGCUGAUGCUGCACGAGGAGUUGGAGGCCUGGGCCGCCAGCGGCGGCGCCGCGGUUGAUGUCGAGGCGCGGGCUCCUGCGGGCGGCGCCAGCGCCAGUGACGACGGCGACGGCGACGACCUGCCCACCGACAGCGAGCUCAGUGCCGACACCAUGCUGCUGGGCGUGGACAUCGAGCGCUGCGACUCCAGCGGCUACUGGAUCGUGAGCAUCGCGUGCCGCGACCGUCCCAAGCUCCUGUUCGACACGGUGUGCACGCUGGCCGACAUGGACUAUGACAUCUGGCACGCCACCAUCGACGCGCUGCCCGGCGGCGGCGCGGUGCAGGAGUACCACGUGCGCCCGCGUGGCGGCGAGGUCGCCUGGGAUCCGGAGGCCGCGGCCUGCCUGGCCGCCAUGCUGGAGUCCUCCAUCCAGCGCCGCUUCCCCGCCGGGGUCAAGCUGCACGUACGCUCCGUGGACAGGUUUGGCGGCCUGGCCGACCUCACCCGUGUGCUGUCGGAGGCGGGCCUCAGCAUCACUCGCGCCAAGGUACGCACCUACGUCAACAGCAACUCCAGCGGGCACACCUUUUACGUCAUGAGCAAGACGAGGAUCCAGGAGGUGUGCACGCGCCUGGGAGGCAACCUGGUGGAGGCUGGGCAGGAGAGCCAGUCCUCCAGCCUGGGCUCCCACCGCUUCACCUUCUCCUUCCUCCACCGCAGCGCCGGCUCUCCCAUGUCCUCCUCAUGUGGAUCAGUGUAG